AUGUCGUCUCUAUCGAAAAUGCUGGCACAGGAGCUGAUGGACCAUCCGUUGCACAUCAUGCUAGAGCUUUUCUUUGCCGCCGCGCUUGCGUAUCUUCUGCUACAGCGCUGCAGCUGCCGCGAGAGGGAGAAGCCGCCGAAUUCGAUGAACGUACUUUCCCUUGAGGAGCAGGAGCGUCGUAUUGCUGCAUUUCAGUCAAUUCCGUUCCGUGGUGAGUGCUCGGUGACAUCGAACGUGCCCGUGCCGGAGUAUCACGGGCUGACCGAGGUGGUGGGACGCAAGGGGUGCCACAUCACCAUAGUGCGGCCCGACUCGUCCGAGGCGGAGGAGUGUCUAGACCUCGCCACCUACGAUUUCCACUCCUUCUCAACGAUGCCGGAGAUCGUCGAAGUUGCGAGGACGGCUGUGAACGCCUAUGGCGUGGGGAGUUGCGGGCCUCGCAGCUUCUACGGUACUAUCAAGCCGCAUCUUUUGGUGGAGAAGGACCUGGCCACGUUCCUUGAGACAGACGACACGAUUGUAUACAGUUUCGCAUAUACCACCGUUGCCACCCUCAUCUCCUGCUUCUCUGGUCGUGGUGACUACCUUGUGUACGACGACGGCGUCAGCUCCUCCGUGAUGGAGGGCUGCAUGCUGUCCCGCUCUGACAUUCGCUCAUACAAGCACUGUAACAUGAAGAGCCUGGAGGAGAAGCUCAAGGAGGUGGUGGCAAAGGACGAGUACCACAAGCCGCACCGCCGCUUCGUCGUAACGGAGGGCGUCUUUUCAGGUACGGGCGAGAUCUGCCCGCUGCCAAAUAUCUUGGAGCUGUGCCAUGAGUAUAAAUUCCGUCUCGUGCUGGAGGACAGCUACGGCUUUGGCGCACUGGGCAAGUCGGGGCGCGGUACCCCGGAGCAUUUCAGCAUCCCAACGAUGGAUGUGGAUGUGUACAUUGGCAGCCUGAGCACGUCCAUGGGUGCUGUCGGUGGCUUCUGCGCUGGCGCGUCGAAUAUGAUCGACCAUCAGCGCCUCGGUGCGACGGCAUACGUUUUCUCGGCGUCGCUGCCCCCCUACAUUACGGCCUCCGUCUCACAGUCGCUCGAAGUGCUGACGCGUGAUGCCACAUUUGUGGCCAAGCUGCAGAAGCACACGAGGCGCAUGCGCAACCACCUUCGUGAGGCGAGGUUCAACGCUGAGAAGAUCAAGCUGGUGGACAGCAUUGACGACGUGUCCCCGGUGAUUCUUCUUGCGGUGCAGCGGGCAUACGUCAAAAGUGAGGGACUGAAGAAGGUGGAGAGCCGCCUCCAGCGCGUCAUCAAUGCCCUGCAGAAGAAGAAAGUGGCGGUCGUGCGAAACGUCUUCACAACAGAUGAACCGGUGAACGCCGUCUCGGGGCUGCGUAUUGUGCCCAAGAGUCUGGCGACGGAGGCCGAGGUGACAACGGCACUCGAGGCCAUCGAGGCUGCCGUGAAGGCCGAGUUUGCGUAA